CGUGUGUUCCACUCUCUCGAGCUGCGAGCUUUCACAACUGCGACAUUGGGUCAACAUGGCGGGCACCGUGGCGAACAAGUGUCUCAGUCCUCUGGCUUUCCUCACCAGGAGGCUCUCCGCUCCCGAGUUCAUCACUCAGUGUUGCUACCACAAGAAGGUGGUGGAUCAUUAUGAGAACCCCAGAAAUGUGGGCUCGCUGGACAAAAACUCCAAGAAUGUUGGAACUGGUUUGGUGGGUGCCCCGGCAUGUGGGGAUGUAAUGAAGCUUCAGAUUGAGGUGGAUGACCAGGGGAAGAUCGUAAAUGCCAGGUUCAAAACUUUUGGCUGUGGUUCUGCCAUCGCCUCAAGCUCUCUGGCCACCGAGUGGGUGAAAGGCAAAUCUGUGGACGAAGCUUUGAAGAUAAAGAACACCGACAUCGCUAAGGAGCUCAGUCUUCCUCCUGUUAAGCUUCACUGCUCCAUGCUUGCCGAAGAUGCCAUCAAGGCAGCCCUUGCUGACUAUCGUCUCAAGCAACAAGAUGACCAGCAGGAGGCAGUCAGGGCCAGCAAUUAAAUGGAGCGCUCACGCUUUGUGCUGGGCCCGGUUUGGCUCGCUGCUGCCAAGAAGAGAAAUAGUCCAGCGUCAACACCUCACUUUCCUGCAGCAAUGAUGACGAAUCCACCAUCUUUCAACCCUGUGUAGCAGUGUUACACCAGGCUGUUUGUAUUAGUCUGCGAUCCUCUAACCAUAUAUACUGUAUCUUUUAGCCUGUCACGUAAACGCACAAUAUAAGCACUGUUUUGGGUUGUUGGUACAGAGAUGAGCCUUAUUUUGGAAAUUGCUUUGUGCAGGUGGAGUGUUUUUUAUUUUGAAAGGUGUGAUGGAGGUAUGGAUGAAAGCUAAAAGCUGUUUAUACCGUCUGCACUCUAAACGCACUGACCUGUUGAGAUUAAGCAAAGUGGCUUGAACCAAAAAAAGGGGGUCCAGUAGUUUUAAAUGUAACUUAUGCUUCUUUAAAAGUCUGUAAUAAAAUUAUCCCUAAUCGUA